AUGAGUUCGUUUUCAUUAGCUUCAUUUCCAUUAUCACAAUUUUCAGAUCGUUUGAGUUUUGAUAGAAUCCGUAGUGAUGUUUCAUCAUUACAAAACUCUAUUUCAAAAUUACGUCCACCACAAGAAUUUUUUGAUUUCAGAAGAAUUAGUAAACCUGCUAGUUUUGGAGAAGUUCAAAGUAGAGUAGGAUAUAAUUUAGGUUAUUUCCAAGCCAAUUAUUUAGCGGUAUUCUCAAUUUUGAGUAUAUAUGCUUUAGUCACUAAUUUAUUAUUAUUAUUUGUAUUAGUCUUAGUCGGAGGUGGUGUUUACGGUAUUAGUAAAUUAGGUGGUAAUGAUUUAGUCUUACCAGUCGGUAGAUUUACCACUUCUCAAUUAUAUACUGGAUUAUUAAUUGUUUCAAUUCCUUUAGGGUUCAUUGCUUCACCAAUUUCAACUAUGAUGUGGUUAAUUGGAUCAUCAGGGGUUACUAUUUUAGGACAUGCUUCAUUCAUGGAAAAACCUAUUGAAACUGUUUUCGAAGAAGAAGUUUAA